AGGUGCGCGGGGAGCGCAGGUGACGUCACCCGCUUCCCGAGGGAGCCUCGUUAGUUCGUUCGUUCGUUCGUUCGUUCGUUCCCUCGGCGGUUCAGCCGAAGUCCAGGCCGGGGACCCAUGGAGGCCACAGAUCGAGGCGCAGGCGGUGGGGCCGGCGGUCCCGAGGGUCAGCGUGGCCCGGGAGACCCCGGUGUCCCAGAUGGCCCCGGAGGCCACGAGGGCCCCGGCGGCGGCGGAGGUGGUGAGGGAGAGGAGUGUGCCACGGCCGGUGCGGCCCCGCGGGUCGCGCAGGCGCCAUGUGCUCCCGUCCCGGGCGCAGCUGCCGUGCCAGGGCUUGGCGGACACCCUUUGCCGGGACCCGGUGGGCACGGCGGUCCCACAGCUGGAGGGCCGGGGAGCCAGCCGCUGCAGUUCUACGUCACCAUGCCUUUCCCGUCACCCACGGAGGCACAGGUGGCCCACCAGUGUCUGGCGACACAGGGCCAGCCCCAGGUCGGGGCAGUUCGGAAGGAGUUCACGGUAUUCGGCAACGUCCUAAUUAUCCGACUGACUGCCGAAGACCCUGGCCAACUCCAGGUUUCCAUCGCCUCCUGUCUUGACCAGCUUUCCCUGUUGGUUUGGACCAUGCAGCGCUUCGUGCCCCCGUUUUUCAGAGUGCCGGAGCCAGGCAAAAGGGGCUAAUUGUAACCUAGCGUCCCUUCCUUCCCUAGGGCGUCCAUUCCGAUGCUGGUUGCCGCUUUAUUACGGGGGUCUAAUUGUUUGUAUUGGACUUUGGGCCUUGUUUUUCCCUAUUGCUGGAGGAGGGGCGUUCUUACAGCAGAAAAUAAAACUAUU